GCACCACCUCUACAACCUAGGGUGAAGACCGACUUGGAGAUGGCAAUAGAGUGAUUUGAAGAGAGUAUGAAGAAAGUGGAGGGCAUCGAAACAACUCACCCUACUCCAAUCCUGGAACCAAAGAGCCUCUUAGAGCUCGAAUUUGAAAGAUUCAUGGCUAGAAAUGAGAGGGCACUUCAUCCUCCACCUUUACCGAAGCAAAAGAUUGUGAUAGAGCUAGCAUCUGAGCGCUUCAACAUCCCAAUGGAGUGCAUAGAUGUAAGCAAUAUCGACAUUGCUCUGGGGUGCUUCCACAUUAAGACCUUAACCGAGAGGAAAGGUUGCUCAAAGAUAUGGAGACCUAAGGGAAACCUCCCAAUAUAGCUGAUCCCAACCCUUCUACUCAAGAAUUUCUCAUUGAACAAGAAAAGCUGCUCGAGAGGUGUUGGAAAAGAAGAGAGAACUUGAACAUCUUUGUUGGAGGUUCAAUCAAGACCGCCUCCUUAACACCAUUAGUGAAACAAAAGAGCAAGGGGUAGAGAAUGACCCCUUGUUCGAUAUUCAACCAAUGCUUUCCAUCCAACCUUGAUGCACUUUUAAAGAAUGACCCUUUGGCGAUUUCUCUUUGCCAAGCCAACACCACAACCAUCGUCAAUCCCUUUUGGUGGAUUCAAUGGUGGUCAAUCAAGGUUCCAUUACAUGGUUUGGGGCAAAGAGAAGAAUGAAGAAGGAAAGAAGAAUAGGUAUCGUGGGUGGAGACCAAAUUUUCACAAAGUCCACAAGUUAUCCACAUCAUUUGAAACAUCCAAAGGUCAGGACUUAAGACACCACCUCAUUGACGAGAAUCUCAACUUCAAGGAGGUCUUAAGUGGGACAAAAUACUUGAAGGCAAUCAUCUGACUACAAGACAUGAAAGACACACUAGUUGGGAGGUACCCCAAUAAUCAGUUUGCAUUUAC